AUCGCGUAUUAUGGGAUGUGCGGAAUUAAACAGCCCGAGGAAGACGCGGGGUUUCGGCCGCGAUUAAGAGCGCAGGGCAGGGGAAGCCAUGGAGCUUUCUGCCGUCGGAGAAAGCGUCUUCGCGGCGGAGUCCAUCAUCAAGCGACGGAUCAGACGGGGUCGUUGGGAAUAUCUGGUGAAAUGGAAGGGCUGGUCUCACAAGUACAGCACAUGGGAACCAGAAGAGAACAUUUUGGAUGAGCGCCUCCUGGCAGCAUUUGAAGAGAGGGAACGCGAGAGAGAGCUUUUCGGGCCCAAAAAGCGAGGACCCAAACCUGAGACGUUUCUCUUGAAGGCCAAGGCCAGAGAGAAAACAUAUGAAUUUCGACAAGAACCAGUCCAGGUUUCCUAUCCAGUCCCAGAGCCCGUCGCGACUCCAAGGGCCCGGGAGGGUCUGCGUGCUGUGGUGCCCACUAUCUUUCCUCCAAGCGCCGUCAACAGAGGGGAGAGCGUUGCUGGCCAAGCGCUAGAACUGGAACGGAGGUCCCGACCCAUGGCGAGUUCUUAUCAAGAACCGGGUCCCAAAAAGAGAGGACGAAAACCAAAAUUGCGUCCGCAUUACAACCGGGUUGAGGAGGAAGAUGCGGAACCGGCCCCCAAAAUGUCCAGACGCUUAACUCACGACAGGGCAACUUCUGACCUGAUCCAGUUAACCAAAAGGUUCCAGGAGGAGACCACCAUUACACCCAAGUCCGAAAGCGACCGAAGAAGCAGAACUCACUACCUAGCCGUUCUGAAGCACCACGACAAGCGGAUUGAGCUGCCGAUAGCCACAGGAGAAGACCUCGGGGUGGUGUGUCCCCCCACGCCUCCCGGCUCCUCGUGGACCCCACAUUUCAGCAACAUGGACACGGUGACGGUAACUGACGUCACCAUGAACCUUCUCACCGUCACAGUCAGAGAAAACUACACCGACAAAGGCUUCUUUAGAGGAAAAAGAUGAGUGGGGGGCAUGGACGAGCUGCGUCAGGAAAGAUCCAGCAUUCGCUCGUGUUGCUGAUUUUCAAAGUGGAAUGAUCAUUUGAAAUGCGAGGCUUUUCAGUUCUGGAAUAAGUCAAAACUCGCAUCUCAAGGUGCCACUGAGCCUUAAAGGGGAAAAGUGUAGUUUGGAUUGAAAUCACGCAGGUCCUAGAACUUUUUUGGCACGUGCUGUUGUCGCGUGGAUCUCUUUGUUAGGCACACAUGCGCGACGCCACAACUGGGAUGACAUUGUCAUCAUUCUACUAUAUCCUUUUGCCAAUAUAGUUCAUAUGCUAAUGAGGUAAUCAAUCUGUUAAAACUCAACAUACUGGACGCUCCAAGGGGUGCAAAAAGUUGGUCAAAGAUUUGUAAUUGUCUUUAAAAGACACCAGAUGGCGCCAAAGCUGUAUUUUUGUAUUCUCCGUGGCUUUGGCCUGAGCACUAGCUUCCCUCCUUUCAGAUUCUCCAAUUUUAUUUUUUUUUUUGCCCACCUUGUCCAUGAUCAUAGACUUCACUAUCGUUGGGGGCCGACCCAAACAGAGCUGAGUUGACUUUUACUGUGAUAAACUCAAACACACACUGCGUUCAAACGCCGGAUUUAGCUGGAAAUUGGACGAAUGUUUUACUGUGUACAAGCAGGCAGGAUUGUCUCAAGAGUGAUUUGGUCGAGGAUUCAAGGUAAUUAUUAUAUAAAAGAGCCCCAUGCAUGCACUUAACUUAAAAAGCUCUUUACUUUGUGACAGCCGCCAACACAUUGGAUAACACAAUAGCGUAAUUUUGGGUCAAAAUAUUUACGUAAAAUGAAUGAUAACUACCCGUUUUUUUGCUUUUUAACCAAGAAUCUAGACCAGUGGUUCUUAACCUUGCUAAAGGUCCCGAACCCAACAAGUUUUACAUGUGGAUUCACUGAACCCUUCGGAAUUUGAUAAUAAAGCAAUUUUUUUCACAUUCAAAACCAAUAUAUCUAAGAUCGCAAGCUAAUAAUUUAGCAAACUCCUGUUCAAAAUUCUUCUCAUUUUGACAGCAUAUUUUAUAAACAUGUCACAAUUUGAGAUCACGCUGCCCAUAGGUCUACUGUAUUCCCUCAUACCAAGUGUGAGUCAACCUUCCACUGAGCAAACCAGUUCCUCCUCCUAUCAGAUCGAGGACUAGCAGUUAAAGUUAAUGGAUUAAGCCUGUAAAUUGGGAGCAAAAAAAAACUGGUCAAAAAAGCCACUUUGCCUAGAUUUAAUCAGCAUACGAAAAUAGGGCUCUACUUUUCUAUACCUUUGCCAAACCCCUUAGACUUACUCACCGAACCCCUGGGGUUCGAUGGAACCGAGGUUAAGAACCACUGAUCUAGACUGUUCUAUGUUCAUAUCUAUAGAAAUCACGUUGAUGUACGCAUUUCUUUGCAAGAAUUUUCAACUUAAAAAGGUCUUUGUUUUGUGAUGGCCACAAAGUUGUAUCCAUAAACAGUAGCAUAAAUUUAUAUUCAAAUGAUCAGGUAAUUUUUGGCCAACUGCUUAUUUUUGGGCAAAAAAGUAGUAAUUUAGACAUUUCUGCCUCCAUACAAAAAGAAAUCGCCUUCUCCGGGUUAUAUUUUAUGUAACAUUUCAAUCUAACAACGGCAAGGGCCAGAUAGCUGGCAACACGUGCCUCGGAAUUCAACCUAAAUAACUUGGGAUUGUAUAAAGAAAAAUGCAAAUUUUGCUUUUGUUGAGUAAAAUUAAGAUAAGUCUGCAUGCUUUCCUCAAGUAUUAAGUUGCUGAUGUGAAAAGUGAGUGAUUUAUUAGCUGUUGAAAACUUACACUAAAUAAAAAAAGAUUAAGUUGCUAUUUUGGGCAAACACUUAUAUGAUAUGUUAAAUAUUGCUAUUGAUCCUGAAAAUAUAGGUAAUCAUCUCUGCAUUGUGUGAUUUCGUGCAUCUAGCAUAAAAUUUGAAAUAUUUUAUAGCCAUUUUAAGUUUUGUUAUACAUGUAUAAAAAAUAGUUAAUCGGUAUUUUAUUUGGGAACGACUUUGAAUUUUUUGGUGUCGCUGCUCAUGGAGAUUCAUAUAUGCCUAUGGGAGGUGCCUGUUUUUGUUUUAGGUCUCUUGCGGCUUUGGUUUUGAAAAUAUUUAAAUUUUAAGUUUUUGAAACUAGGCCUCCUACAGAUCGGCCCGUGUCCCGUCAACUGAUAGUGAAGUCUAUGCCAUGAUAUUGUAUUGAGCAGGUGCACAUAAUGUUGUGGCCAAUUGGCAAAGCUACUAACGAUGAAGCUACUGUCAUUAUGCUAAUAUAUAUAUAUUUUUAUAAAGAGUUCUCGCCCAUCAGUAUUUAAUUUUUAACUAAUUCACUGCCACUGACGGUGAUUGACAUCCUGUCCAAUUUCACCUGGAGACUCGCUGCCAGCCUUUCCAGUUCAAAUGGAUUGGACGUCUAUUUUCGUCAAUGGUGCUUUGUAAGUUAAAAGCGAAUUCCUGAAAGAUUGUUUUAGCUGCUGCUGUGACGUCAAUACGACUUAAGCCACUUAAUGUUUUUUAGUUGGACUUGAAUUUGGUAGCCUCACUGUGUGUGUUUCAAGCAUUUCACGUGUCACAUAAUUAAAAAUAAUUUACGUUUGUCAGCAGAAAUAAUCAAGGCAACCUUGAGCUAAACUAUGGUUGGCUUUUUAGGUUCCUUUAAAAAUUCAAAAAAUAUCCUUUUCUAUUUAUUCCCGUGCGUGCAGAGCUGCAGUAUUCAUGUUUAAAAUGAGGUUUUGUUGAAGUGUUUGGAAUAAAACUCUAAACGUGCACAUGAAAAGAUGCUUUCCUGU